AUGUCAACUGAUUCAAAAGCUCCUGCUCAACCACAAGGUGAUCUCGGUUUAAUUGGUUUGGCCGUUAUGGGUCAAAACUUGAUUCUUAACGCUGCCGACCACGGAUUCAAUGUUGUUGCUUUCAACAGAACUGUUUCCAAGGUUGACCAUUUCUUGGACAAUGAGGCUAAAGGUAACAAGCACAUCAUUGGUGCUCACUCUAUUCAAGAGUUGGUAGACAACUUGAAGAGACCAAGAAGAAUUAUGUUGUUGGUUAAGGCAGGUCCAGCUGUUGAUGCUUUCAUUGAACAAUUGUUGCCAUACUUGGACAAAGGUGAUAUUAUCAUUGAUGGUGGUAAUUCACAUUUCCCAGACAGUAACAGAAGAUACGAAGAAUUGAAAAAGAAGGGUAUCUUGUUUGUUGGUUGUGGUGUUUCUGGUGGUGAAGAAGGUGCUAGACACGGUCCAUCUUUGAUGCCAGGUGGUAACGAAGAAGCUUGGCCACACAUUAAGCCAAUCUUCCAAGCCAUUGCUGCUAAAUCUGAUGGGGAACCAUGCUGUGACUGGGUUGGUGAUGCCGGUGCUGGUCAUUACGUCAAGAUGGUCCACAAUGGUAUUGAAUAUGGUGAUAUGCAAUUGAUUUGUGAAGCUUAUGAUGUCAUGAAGAGAGUUGGUAAGUUUGACGAUAAGGAGAUCGCUGAAGUUUUCGCUCAAUGGAACAAGGGUGUUUUGGACUCAUACUUGAUUGAAAUCACCAGAGAUAUUUUGAGAUUCAAUGAUCCAACUGACAACAAGCCAGUUGUUGAAAAGAUUUUGGAUACUGCUGGUCAAAAAGGUACUGGUAAAUGGACUGCCAUCAACGCCCUUGAUUUGGGUAUUCCAGUCACUUUAAUUGGUGAAGCUGUCUUCGCAAGAUGUCUUUCUGCUUUGAAACCGGAAAGAGUUAAGGCUUCAAAGAUCUUGAAAGGACCAGAAGUUGGUUCAAAAUCACCAAUUACUGACAAGAAAAAAUUCAUUGAUGACUUGGAACAAGCUUUGUAUGCAUCCAAGAUUAUCUCAUACGCCCAAGGUUUCAUGUUAAUGAGACAAGCUUCAGCUGACUACAACUGGAAAUUGAACUACAGUGUCAUUGCCUUGAUGUGGAGAGGUGGAUGUAUUAUCAGAUCAGUUUUCUUGAAGGAAAUUACUGCUGCUUAUAGACAAAAUCCAGACUUGGACAACUUGUUGUUCCACCCUUUCUUUUUGGAAGCUGUUACUAAAGCUCAAUCUGGUUGGAGAGCCGCUCUCGGUCAUGCCAUCACUGAAGGUAUCCCAACCCCAGCCUUCUCCACUGCUUUGGCUUUCUAUGAUGGUUUGAGAUCAGAACAAUUGCCUGCCAACUUGUUGCAAGCUCAAAGAGAUUACUUUGGUGCUCACACUUUCCAAGUCUCCAAAGGUAAGGGAACCAGCUUUGUCCCAGAAGACAAAUGGGUUCACGUUAACUGGACUGGUAGAGGUGGUGAUGUCUCUGCUUCUAAUUAUGAUGUCUGA